AUGUAUGAUUUGGCUCGCUUUCUUGUCAUUCUAUUGUUAUUCGUAGCUGGAUUUACUUUACAUGUAACAUCUAUCUUUCAGCCUGCUUACCAGCCAGUCGAUGAAGACAGCGCUGAGCUAAUGCGACUAUCUUCUCCAGAACAAACUCUGGAAAUGUUGUUCUUCUCAUUGUUCGGCCUAGUCGAGCCGGACAGUAUGCCUCCACUUCACUUAGUGCCUGAUUUUGCUAAAAUCAUCUUGAAGAUCUUGUUUGGUAUAUAUAUGAUGGUUACACUUAUUGUGCUCAUAAACUUGUUGAUUGCCAUGAUGUCAGAUACAUAUCAAAGAAUUCAAGCUCAAUCGGAUAAGGAGUGGAAGUUUGGUCGUGCUAUCUUGAUUCGGCAAAUGAACAAACGUAGUGCUACUCCCUCUCCAAUAAAUAUGCUCACCAAAUUAUUCGUUGUUCUUAAAGUUGCUUUUCGUAAUCGAUUACGAGUUUGCACACAAAAAGCUCAACAAGAUUUGCGAUUUGAAGAGAACAUUGAUGCAUUUUCAAUGGGCAGAGGUCGUCAAGGAAGAGCUAGUCCAACUAUGCGCGAAGAAGGAGAAGGAGAUGGCGCUGAGCUGGGACAGAUUACCGAUUGGAAUAUUGAGAAUGUGAUAGAUUGGAAGCGAGUCGUUUCGAUGUACUAUCAGAUGAAUGGGAAGAAAGAUGAACCCGACGAAAAUGAAUAG